UGACUGUUAUGUUAUGACUAAUAUGUUGUGCUAUGACUGUUAUGUUGUGACUAAUAAGUCUUUUGCUAAAAUGCUAGUUGAUAAGUAAUAUAUUGAUAGUUGAUAAGUAAUGACUAACAAGUCUUUGUUACGAUAAGUAAUGUUUAUCUGUAAUGUUUAUCUAUAUUUUGGAAUGUCUAUUUGUAUUUGUAAGUACAAUGUAAUCGCUAACUAAGAAGCCUUUGCCAAAAGCUCCUCUCUGAUAAAAUACCACUGUCAUGAAAUCAUACACCAUUAGCCUUUGUUACAAUACCAUUAGCUGAUGAGUAAUAUUUAUCUGUAUUCGCAAUUGUGUACCAUGAGCAUCAUGUUAUCAUUAGUCGAGAACCCCUCUCCGAUAAACUCACCUUAUAUAAAUACUGCCUCAAAUCAGUUCGAGGACAGUUCCAUUUCCGAAUUCAUAUUGUAAACAUCUAAUUGUACUAUUUCUGUGUAAAGUAAUAAAGCUAGUUUUAAAAAAACAAAUCUUAUCAUUCGCCACGUAACAAAUUUGGCGCAGUCGGUAGGAUCUCGCAUAAGACGAAGUGCAACGUGCAGUUGAUCAUCGGGACAGCAUCGCCCAGCAGAGCAACGCGCGGUAGCUACAGGCUUUUGAAACACUUCGCCGAACAUGCAGCUCCAAAUACUUGUAUUGUUAUGGUGAGUGGUUUGAAUUUGUUCGCUCUCUAAAUCCUUUAAAUCGCAUCUAUCCUAAUUCUUUUUAUAUAUAUAUUUAUUUUUCUUUUCUUUCCUAUAUACCUUUCUAAUGCCACUAGAAAUAAAAAACGAAAGAAUGGCUCUAGAUAUCUCUACAUUAUUAAAAUUAAUUCCGACGUUUGACACCAAAGAAAAUAACCAACUAUAUAGAUUUGUUCGAUCUUGCAAUUCUGCCUUUGCUUUAGCCUCUUUAGAACAAGAAUCAAUCCUCUUAGUAUACGUUUUAAAUAACAUCACUGGCUCAGGUGCCUCCGAUGUCCAUUGUAAACAAUACAAAACAUGGAUUGAGCUCAGAUCGUUCCUUAUCGAAAAAUUCUCGCAUGUAAAAACGAUUAGCCAUCUAAGCCUAGAACUACAGUCUAUGUUCCAAAAACCAAACGAAACAAUGACUGAAUAUUUUCACCGGGUAGACCUCUGUAGGAGUAAAAUCGUAGAAAAACUAACAGCGGAAAUUUUAGAUGAGACGCUCGCAGGUCGGUUAGCGACCACAGAAGAAACCGCCUUAUCGGUAUUUAUCAACGGAAUUAAUUCAGACGUAGGAGCAAUGCUGAGAACUAAAAACUUUAGUAAUCUCUCCGACGCAGGUCGUUUCGCGCUACAGGAAGACAAAAUUCGAGCAAUGAAUAAUGCUAGGCAGGCACUAUUUAGAGUAUCAGCCGCUAGUAGGACUGUUAAUAGUCCUAGACCGCACGUAAAAUUUACGAUUGACAAUCGAUCGAUGACGCGACCUCCUAAUAUAUACCAACAGAAUACAUCAAAAACGCCAUCAUAUCAAAACGUUAUUUGCAAUUACUGUAAGAAACCAGGCCACCUCAUCGCCGAUUGUAGGAAACGAGCAUAUAAUAAUAAUAUCAGAAACUCGUUACAAGAACAGAAUAUAUCGCCCCAACAAAAUUUCCGUGCAUUACCUGCCGCCAAAAUAAAUAAUUUAAACCAUUUAGCGGCCAGCGAAGCGAGCAGUUCGGUGGAAACCGCUUUAACGUCUUGCUCACCUCAUCAAACACAGACAUCGACCCAGGAAUUAAACCUGGAGGACCUACAAAUAGAUUCUUAGAAAAUAAUCAAAUUUCGAGGAAGUUUAACGCUUAUACGCCGCAUUCAGUCCAUCGGGGACCGGCUAGUACUAGCUCCAUAGUUAAAAAUAAUCAGG